CGUGUAAUUGUUUUGCUCAUUCAGGCAGUUUUGAACUUCUCAUUUUAUCUGACAAUUGGAAGAAUGGAUGAAGCAUUUAAAGAAAUAAAGUUUAUCAAAAGCGAUAAGGUUUGGGAACAUAUGGCGUUAAUGUGCGUCAAAACUAGGCGACUGGAUGUUGCACUGAUUUGCUUGGGGAACAUGGGAAAUGCUCGAGCAGCGCGUGCAGUACGAGAUGUAAUGGAUUCUGGAGAACCUAAUGAGAUACAAAUCGCGUAUCUCGCAAUUCAACUUGGGCUUUAUGAUGAAGCGCAGAUGCUUUUUAAAAAAUGUGGUCGAUAUGAUCUUAUAAACAAGUUUUUUCAAUCAUCCAACAAUUGGAAAAUGGCAAUGGAUACAGCGAAUCAGUACGAUCGAAUACAUUUACGGAAUACCCAUUACCUAUAUGCAGCUGAUUUAGAGUUAAAUGAAAACAUUGAAGAGGCUAUUAAACACUACGAAAUUUCUCACACACAUUCUGAAGAGGUGCCGCGAGUACUGAUCGACAAUCCCAAAAGACUAGAAUCUUAUGUGCAAAAAAACAAAGACCCUAAGUUAAAGAAAUGGUGGGCACAAUAUUUGGAAAGCCAUGGCGAUACUGAUGCAGCACUCCGCUUUUACCGUCAAGCAUCAGACCAUUUAUCCAUAGUGCGACUGUUAUGCUAUGACAAUAAAAUUGAAGAAGCUAAAGAGAUGGCAGAAAGCAGUGGUGAUAGAGCAGCGUGCUAUCAUUUAGCUCGAUAUUUUGAGAAUAAUUCUGACGCCAAAAGUGCUGUUUCCUUUUUUGCUAAGGCUCAUGCUUAUAACAGUGCUAUUAGGAUUGCAAAGGAAAACAAAAUGGUUGAUCAACUUGCGAAUUUAGCUUUAGUGGCUGGAGAGAGCGACAUGCUGGAGGCUGCAAGAUUUUAUGAGCAGAUACCUGGCCAAACAGAUAAGGCAGUUAUGCUGUAUCAUAAAGUCGGAAUGAUCGGAAAAGCGAUGGAACUGGCUUUCGCAACUGAACAGUUUACAGCGUUAGAUUUGAUUGCUAAAGAUUUAAACGAAUCUUCUGAACCCAGAGUACUUGAAAAAGCUGCAGUAUUUUACGCGAAUACCCAACAAUAUAAUCAGGCGUUGAAAUUGUUAGCAUAUGCAAAAAACUACGUCGGAGCGAUUGAAUUCUGUAAACAAUAUAAUGUACCGAUAACCGAGGAAAUGGCAGAACUGUUGACUCCACCAAAAGAAUCGAUGAAGAGUACAGGAGAAUGGUGUGAAAUGCUACGAAAUAUAGCUGAAUGUUGCGUAAUGCAACAAAAUUACUAUUCUGCAGCUAAAAAAUAUACCCAAGCAGGUGACAGAGUUGAAGCAAUGCGUUGCUUAUUGAAGACAGGGAACACCGAGAAGAUAAUAUUUUUUGCAAAUACAGCUCGAGAUCCAAACAUAAAUAUUUUGGCUGCAAAUUAUUUGCAAACCUUAGACUGGAAGAACGACGAAAAUAUCUUGAAACAUAUUGUUUUACUGUAUACCAAGGCCAACGCUUAUGAGCAUUUGACUGGUUUUUAUGAGGCUUGUGCAGCGGCUGAAAUUGACGAUUACCGCAACUAUGAGAAAGCAUGUGCAGCUCUGAUUGAAGCUCAGAGAUGUCUGUCAAAGGCACUAGAAAAAGAUCCAAAGAACGCCAUCUCGUUGAUGGAAAGGCAAGAAGGGCUGAAGAAAGCGAUACUAGACAUUAAAAAAUUUAUGGCUAUUAGAAAUGUUUACGAUGAAGACCCGUUUGAUGCUGUAAGGCAAGUAGAAGCUCUGAUCAAUGAUAAAGAAGGAGUUAAGUAUGUACGUGUGGGCGACCUUUACGCAGUUUUGGUGGUACAUAAUGUUAGAAACGAAAACUACAGAAAGGCUUAUGCACUGAUAAAGCAACUACAAGAACAAGAAGCUGGGGUUGAUAUUAGACGUCAUAUUAACACCCAAAUAAUUGAUAAAAUAUGUGAUGAAACUGGAAACCCAAGAUUCACCGGAGUUACGACAGAUUCUGACGAGGGCGAAGAACAAGCUGGAACUGUAGACUACAGCUAUGCCAUGAAACGACGCGAAAGGGUUUUGACUGAUGCGGCUGAACAGUAA